AUGAAGAUGGCUGCCCGAGAUAGUCAGCUUUCAGACAAGUCACGCUGUGUCAGCUCCACGCUGCUCCUUCUAUGCAGAACUGGUGGACACCUCCAGGCUCAAGUCUUCCUUCUUGACAAGAAAUUAUCAAUCUGCCACACCCUCUUCCCCAGCCCUCAGAUUCUGAACACAGGCUGGUGUCUCCCCAGGUACACGGCAGAUCUUCUAGAGGUGCUGAAAACCAAUUAUAGCAUCUCUUCCGCCUGCUUCUCUUACCCUCCCACUGCAGCCCAGCUCCUGAGUGUAUUGGGACCCAUGGAAAUUGCCCUCACUGUCGUCAUGACCUUUCUCACUCUGGGCUCCAUUGCCAUCUUCCUGGAGGACGCCAUUUAUCUGCACAAGAACACCCUUUGCCCCAUCAAGAGGAAGACUAUGAUCUGGACUAGUUCUUCACCCACGGUGGUGUCUACGUUCUGCUGCUUUGGUCUCUGGAUCCCUCGUUCCUUCUUGGUUGUGGAAAUGGCCAUAACCUCAUUUUAUGCAGCAUGCUUUUACCUGACAAUGCGGCUCAUGAUAGAAGGCUUUGGUGGGAAAGAGGCAGUAUUGAAGACACUGAAGGACACCCCCAUGGUAAUCCAUACAAGCCCCUGCUGCUGCUGCUGCCCCUGCUGCCCUCGCCUCAUACUUACCAGAAAGAAGCUUCAGCUGUUGAUGUUGGGCCCACUCCAAUAUGCCUUCUUCAGGAUUUCACUGAGCCUUGUGGGCCUGUUUCUUAUCCCUGAUGGCGUCUAUGAUCCAACAGAAAUUUCUGAGAAGAGCACAGCUCUUUGGAUCACCACUCUCCUUGGUGUAUCUACCCUGUUGGCUCUCUGGUCCCUGUCCAUCCUUUUCCGUCAAGCCAGGUUACACCUGGGUGACCAGAACAUGGGAUCCAAAUAUGCUGUGUUCCAGAUACUUGUCAUUGUGACUGCCCUGCAGCCUGCCAUUUUCUCCAUUUUGGCUAAUGGUGGGCAGAUUGCUUGUUCACCUCCCUUUUCCUCUAAAGUCAGGUCUCAAGUGAUGAAUUGCCAUCUCCUCAUACUGGAGACUUUCCUGCUGACUGUGAUGGCACGAAUGUCCUACAGAAGGAAAGACUACAAGCCUGGGUAUGAAAAUUCCUUAGCUCCAGAUCUGGACUUGAACCUCAAGGCCUAAGGUGAAUGAAUGGAAGCAA